AUGUCCACCGCUUCCCGGAGACGACUGAUCCGCGACUUCAAGCGACUCUCUUCCGACCCGCCCGGCGGCAUCAGUGGUGCCCCCUGUCCCGAUAACAUCAUGGUCUGGAACGCCGUCAUCUUUGGCCCUGCCGAUACGCCAUUCGAAGAUGGAACGUUCAGAUUGAUCCUAACAUUUGACGAGUCGUACCCGAACAAGCCCCCGACGGUGAAAUUCCUCUCGAAAAUGUUCCAUCCGAACGUCUAUGCAAACGGCGAGCUGUGUCUCGACAUCCUCCAGAACCGAUGGUCGCCGACGUACGAUGUGGCCGCCAUUCUGACAUCCGUCCAGUCCUUACUACACGACCCCAACCCCAACUCACCUGCAAAUGCAGAAGCUGCCAAUUUGUACAGGGACAACAUGAAGGACUACGUCAAGAAAGUCCGAGCAACCGUCGAGGCCAGCUGGAUCGACGAGGGCACCAUCCCGGGCACCGGGGACUCCUCCACCGCCACACCCGCUUGA